AUUCCUGCUCGGUUGAUGCUGGCCCUCUCACUGUUGAAGAAGGAAUAUGAACUUAGUAAACUUCAGGCAUCUAUUGCAAAGGAGGUGGAGGAAAAGGUACGGUCACAACACAGGAAGUACAUGUUACAAGAACAACUAAAAGUAAUCAAGAAGGAACUGGGCAUAGAGAAGGAGGAUAAGGAUGCGAUUGAGGAGAAGUUUCGUGCAAGAUUAAAGGAUAAGGAAGUUCCAGAUGCUGUUCAAGAUGUUAUAGAUGAAGAAUUAAAUAAAUUAGGAUUCCUAGAUAACCACUCCUCAGAGUUCAAUGUAACAAGAAAUUACCUGGACUGGCUGACAAUGUUACCUUGGGGUAUAACCUCCAAAGAAAAUCUUGACCUAAAAAAAGCCCGUGAAAUCUUAGAUGAAGAUCACUAUGGGAUGGAAGAUGUCAAAAAGAGAAUUUUAGAGUUCAUAGCUGUGGCACAACUGCGAGGCACAACCCAAGGAAAAAUUCUUUGUUUUCACGGUCCACCUGGUGUAGGAAAGACCAGCAUUGCUCGCUCUAUUGCACGUGCUCUCAAUCGAGAGUAUUUCAGGUUCAGUGUAGGUGGUAUGACAGAUGUUGCAGAAAUCAAAGGUCAUAGACGAACAUACGUAGGAGCUAUGCCUGGCAAGCUCAUCCAGUGCCUGAAAAAAACCAAGACUGAGAAUCCAGUAGUUCUUAUUGAUGAAGUGGACAAGAUUGGUCGAGGAUACCAGGGCGAUCCAUCUGCCGCUCUGCUGGAACUACUUGAUCCUGAGCAAAAUGCUAACUUCCUUGAUCAUUACCUUGAUGUCAACGUUGACCUCUCUAAGGUAUUGUUCAUCUGCACAGCAAAUGUCUUGGAUACAAUCCCAGAGCCACUGCGUGACAGAAUGGAAAUGAUUGAUGUGUCUGGGUAUGUUGCAGAAGAGAAGAUGGCUAUUGCAAAAACUUACCUUGUACCUGUUGCUCAGAAAAAUAGUGGUCUGGAUGAUGAAAAGUUAUUUUUACAAGAUAGUGCCAUAGACCAGUUAAUCCGUCACUACUGCCGAGAAUCUGGUGUCCGGAACCUCCAGAAGCAUAUUGAGAGAAUCAUGCGAAGAGCAGCAUUUAAUGUUGCCAGUGGUGAAAAUGAAAAAGUUAAUGUGACAGAUGAAAAUCUAGAGAGUUUUGUGGGCAAACCAAAAUUCAGCCAUGACCGCAUGUAUCAAGAAACACCUCCUGGUGUGGUCAUGGGCCUUGCAUGGACUGCUAUGGGUGGAUCAACUUUAUAUAUCGAGACAAUGGCACGUUCUGCUGAGGAAGGUAAAGAUGGACGAUUAGAAACAACUGGUCACCUUGGCGAUGUAAUGAAGGAAUCAACCAGAAUCGCUUACACUUACGCUAAGCACUUCCUAGCAAAGAUGUUCCCUGACAAUAACAUGCUGGAUAAGUCCAAUAUUCAUCUUCAUGUGCCAGAGGGAGCAACACCCAAAGAUGGACCAAGUGCUGGGAUAACUAUUGUGACAGCCUUAGUGUCAUUAGCACGAGGUAAACCAAUACGACAAGAUGUAGCCAUGACAGGAGAAGUCUCCCUCACUGGAAAAGUCCUUCCUGUGGGAGGAAUUAAAGAAAAGACUAUUGCGGCAAAACGUGUAGGGGUGAGCUGUAUCAUUAUGCCAGCUGAGAACAAGAAAGACUUCAGUGAUCUCCCCAGUUUUAUAUCUGAAGGACUUGAGGUUCAUUUUGCAGACCAUUAUGAAGAUGUCUAUAAGAUAGUUUUGCAAAAUUAAUAAAAUAAUUGCUAUUUAGUUACAGUUGUUAAUAUUAGUUAUUUUUUAAAUAAAAUUAAUAUGUAAUCAUUUAUAAAAGAGUUUUGACUCAAAAUAUUGUUAUGUACAAAAAAUAUUUCUGUAUAUAAGCAGUGAUAUUUUAGCAUAGGAACAGUUGUUUCAGUAGUGGUAAAGACAAAUGGAUAUAUAUUCUCUGGCUAUUUAUCAACUUCAUUUCUCAAAAUAUAACCUGUACAAUCAGACCACUGUCAGGACUAAGAUAGGGUGGUCUGAAGACGAAGGCAACUACUCAACCACACUGCUAUCAAAUUGAAACCUCACUUAAAUCUGCACAGUAAUGAAAUUAUGAGAAAUAAAAUUUAAUUAUGCAA